CCUGCCGGGCGGCAGCAUCUGGGAGGAAAGGGGCGGUGGCGGUGCACCCAGGGAGGCCAAGUGACGUGUCCCCGGGCAGGUGAGGCGGUGGGCGUGGCCAGCAGGUGCCACACUGCGUCCGGUGCGUUAUGGAGGGGCCCCCGGCGGCCAAGAGCCCCGGAACGCAGAGGGAGGAAAAGGGGAGUCCGUUGUGAGCCCGGCAACUGCAGGUCUCCUGGAAAUAGACACUUCCUGCUGGAGCCAUGAGUGCCCCCAAACAAUGGGACAUCAGCAAAGCCCUGGCCGUCGCCAGCUUGUUCAAUUUCUUCCACAGCGUUGGAAAUUUCUGUGUCUUUCCCUUCUUAACCAUCUUCUUCCGACACUUUGGACUGAGCCCUCCGCUGGUGGGCAUCAUAAUGGGGGCAAAGCACAUGGUCUAUGCUCUCUGGGCCCCGUUUUGCUCUUUCGUGGCCAAGACCAACAGCAAGAGGAGGAUAAUCAUUUUCUGUUCUUUGCUUUUGUCCGCCGUGGCUAGCGGAAUCCUCACCUUUUUCCCACCGCUGCAACAGGGCAUGGUCUUCAGGUAUUGCAACGUGAGUCUCUCAUUAGCAAACAAACAGACUACACCGGGUGCCUUGGAUAUGGAGAUGUUCGGGCCUGAGGACAACGGCAGUUUUGUAUUACCUGAACCUCCCAAGGUAACUACGAUGGCAACAGUCAUAAUUACAAGUCUUAGCAACACAACUACCAUAGCAGAACCUGCCGGAGAAGCUCAAAUGACUUCUAAAACCUUGAAGAAGUUACACGCUGCACCUCCUCAUCACCCAGAUUUAACCGCACAUUUAAGAACUUCUACUACACGAAAACUGUCUAAAACAGAUGCUUCCAAAAGGCAUACCAAGCCGAAAGAUAGAAUCACCACCAGCGAACAAUCUACAGGCGGCCUAGAGCGUAGGACCUAUUCACCUGAGGCAGUUGUGAGGCCCUCUAUAGCAGAGGAACCUCAAGCUGAUGGUAAUAGUCCCAUCCCUCAGCAGCCACAAGCUAUCUUUGUGCCAAAGAAAAGGGACCUUAGCAAAAAGGCUGCGCAACCUGAACACUUUCUGGAUGGGGAACAUAACAUAUUCCUGGUUGUCCUGGGAAUUGUAAUUUUUUGGGAAAUUGUUGCUUCACCUCUGGAGUGGACGGCAGACGACAGCGUCUACGAAUACCUUGACUUUGUGGAUGCCACAGACCGGCACGAGAAGAUCUGGAUCUGGCGUUAUUUGGGGGCUUGCCUCGGAGCCUUUUCCAUUGUUUUUCUGAUGGACAACGUGAACUGUUUCUUCAUCCCCAACUUUCCCAGAGUCUACCUGCAUUUUUACGGCUACUCCGCCUUCAUGAUGAUCACUCUUUUGUUGAGCACAUGGUAUCCCAUACAUGUCUCAAAGAAAACGGAACACGCAAGCAAGACCAUAAAAGCGUUGGGCCUGAUGGGAAGCGACGGCCGUAUCAUCUUGCUGUCGAUCACCGUUUUCUUGAUGGGUGCCGUGAGGUCCACCGCUGACAAUUUCCUGUUUUGGAAGAUGCAGGAUUUGGGGAGCUCUGAACUUUACAUGGGACUUUCUGUGGUUCUCGUCCUUGUUUCUGAAAUCGUCUUUUAUGCUUUUAAAGGCAAACUCAUGAGGUCCUUGACCUUCAAGUGGAUGGUGGCUCUUGGCCUCCUCUGCCAAGCUGUAGAGUUUUUGUAUUAUUCCUUCUUCUGGGCACCGUGGGCUGUGUUGCCGAUUCAAGUGUCAAGCGCCUUCAGCAAUGGGGUUCUGCUGUGGGCCAUCAGAUCUCAAAUCGAUGAUGUUGCCACACCGGGAAUGGAGAGGUCCAUCCAGCUCGUCCUGCACUGCUUAUCCCACCACUGCGGAGCUAGCCUGGGCAGCUUUGCCAGCGGCUUCGUCAUCAGCAGUUUCAACCUUGAAAUUCUCUUCCAGUCCUGCUGCGUAACGUUAUUGGUCUGGCUUUUGAUGUUUUUGGUUAUCCAACCCAGACUUCCCCAAACCAAGAAGAUCAACUACUCACGACUGCUCGCCCCCGACAACAGUGACAUGAGCGACUCCGAGGAUGAGCAGGAGAGGGACUGGCUGGUCAAGGCCAUGAAAGACGACGGUAAAAUAUGGUAGCCAUGAACACUGGCUGUUGUCCAUGACCAGGACCUGACAUGCAGCUUUCAGGCCUGGAAAGAUCGGAAA